GAGAAAUAUGGCCAAAGCAAAAUAAAGAAAAGAGAGAGAAAAUGAAAGCAAAAUCCAAUAGCGGAUAAUGUCCUGUCCUUCCAUUUUGGGAAGAUAUUUUGAAACCGCAACGAUAAUAAACAAUCAUUUUCUUAAACAUUAGUCACAGACCCAGUUACCCGUUUCCAGUCAGAGGAAGCAAGAUGGGAUCUUUAGUUAAGAAGGGACUGAACAAUUACUUGAAACAGCUCCAGCAACAUCCUUUGAGAACCAAGAUAAUCACUGCAGGGGUGUUGUCGGGGAUCAGUGACACUGUGUCUCAGAAGCUUACUGGGAUACAGAAAAUUCAAUUCAAACGACUUCUUCUCAAAGUGAUUUUUGGAGCGGCUUAUCUUGGACCCUUUGGACACUUCUUUCAUAUUAUACUGGAUAAAAUUUUCAAAGGAAAGAAAGAUUCAAAAACUGUGGCCAAGAAGGUUCUGAUUGAACAGUUGACAUCUUCUCCUUGGAACAAUUUGCUUUUCAUGAUUUACUACGGAUUAGUUGUUGAAGGUCGACCUUGGGUGCAUGUGAAAGCUAAAGUUAAGAAGGAUUACCCAUCAAUACAGUACACAGCAUGGACGUUUUGGCCUGUUGUGGGGUGGAUAAAUCACAAAUUCAUGCCUCUUCAUUUCCGUGUUGUUUUCCACAGCUUAGUAGCAUUUUGCUGGGGAAUAUUUUUGAACCUUCGAGCACGAUCUAUGGCAUUGACUAAAUAAGAUUUAAGUUUACAGUCUUCCAAGUAGAUGCUCCUGCUUGCUAUGAGUCUAUUACUCCUCCCAGGGUAGUAUGCAUCAGUUUAAAGGAAUGGGAAUAUUGUGGCAGGCUCUUUUCUGUUUUAUGUAGGCAUGAUUAAAUGGUGGUGCUGGGAAUUUGGAAGUUCGUUAACUUUAUCCUCGUAUGCAAACGUCAAUGGAUAUUGGAAACAAGACAGUAAUUUAGGAGCACACGGUUCGUUGUUCAUGACAACUUUGCCAUUGGGUGAAUACAUUUUUGGAGAAUUAUUGCAUCAUCCUAGAGGAAGUGCUUUUUCUUCCUCCACCAUCUCAUGCAAUUACUACUAUAAACAUCGAUCCACAAAAACAAUGGUUAUAAUUGAUGCGCUAUGAUAAAAAUUCUGAAGGUUAUAAUUUCUCUACAUUUUGCAAUUUAUAAU